UCCAAGUUUGGAGCUUUUAGCUGCCAGCCCUGGCCCAUCAUGUAGCUGCAGCACAGCCUUCCCUAACGUUGCAACUGGGGGAAAAAUCACUUUCCAGACUGUUUUGCAAGGUGUGCAAUUCCAUCUUGAUUCCCUGAAAGUCCAUCUGCUGCAUCGGUCAAGAGAAACUCCACUUGCAUGAAGAUUGCACGCCUGCAGCUUGCAUCUUUGUUGCAAAACUAGCUACAGAAGAGAAGCAAGGCAAAGUCUUUUGUGCUCCCCUCCCCCAUCAAAGGAAAGGGGAAAAUGUCUCAGUCGAAAGGCAAGAAGCGAAACCCCGGCCUUAAGAUUCCAAGGGAAGCGUUUGAACAACCUCAGACCAGUUCCACGCCGCCUCGGGAUUUAGACUCCAAGGCUUGCAUUUCUAUUGGAAACCAGAACUUUGAGGUGAAGGCCGAUGACUUGGAGCCUAUAGUGGAGCUGGGACGAGGUGCGUACGGGGUAGUGGAGAAGAUGCGUCACGUGCCCAGCGGGCAGAUCAUGGCGGUGAAGCGGAUACGGGCCACAGUUAAUAGCCAGGAGCAGAAACGGCUACUGAUGGAUCUGGAUGUUUCUAUGAGGACAGUGGACUGUCCGUUUACCGUGACCUUCUAUGGUGCACUCUUCCGGGAGGGCGAUGUGUGGAUCUGCAUGGAGCUCAUGGAUACGUCACUAGAUAAAUUCUACAAACAAGUUAUUGAUAAAGGCCAGACAAUUCCAGAAGAUAUCUUAGGGAAGAUAGCAGUUUCUAUUGUAAAAGCAUUAGAACAUUUACACAGUAAGCUCUCUGUUAUCCAUCGAGAUGUCAAGCCUUCAAAUGUGCUCAUUAACACACUGGGCCAAGUGAAGAUGUGCGACUUUGGAAUCAGUGGCUACCUGGUCGACUCUGUGGCGAAAACGAUCGAUGCCGGUUGCAAACCAUACAUGGCUCCCGAACGAAUAAAUCCAGAGCUCAACCAGAAGGGGUACAGUGUGAAGUCUGACAUUUGGAGUCUGGGCAUCACCAUGAUUGAGCUGGCCAUCCUCCGGUUUCCCUAUGAUUCUUGGGGAACGCCCUUCCAGCAGCUAAAACAGGUGGUAGAAGAGCCGUCCCCACAACUCCCAGCGGACAAGUUCUCCGCGGACUUCGUUGACUUUACCUCACAGUGCUUGAAGAAAAAUUCCAAAGAACGGCCCACGUAUCCAGAGCUUAUGCAACAUCCAUUUUUCACCGUCCAUGAAGCCAAAGCAGCAGAUGUGGCGUCUUUCGUAAAACUGAUACUCGGGGACUAAAAAGCCACGGACUUGACUGGUCGACCCUACUGUGGACUGGUGGGUUUACAGGGCGAAGUGAGUUCACCACAGCGCCGACAGAAAGUCAUCUUGAAAAGAUCAUUGAACCCUGCCUCUCUGAGGGGCUUCCUCUCCCUGUUUUUCUUUUUCCUCUCCGAAGGGGGCCUUGGAAUCUCUAGCGUAGGCUGAGCUCUCUAGAUGGAUGAAAUACGAUAGAGGCUUAGGACUCGAAAAGGUGAUAAAAUAUUUAAUGGCGAGUCAUACGAGGAGUCCUCAAGCCUCUCGGAUCUCUCGUGUUCUUUACAAAAUGAAUGCAUUGGCCCUGGUAACAAGGUGCUACAGUAGUUGACGAGAUUGUAAAGUAGGUUCGUAGCGUAUCCCACUUAUUUUAAUAUUUAUGUUUCAGUGCUUGGUUGGAAAUAUUCCAUUUUUAUGCAAGAAGGGAGAUACAGAGACAAGGCUGACUUGGCAGUAUUUAUAGGGCUUUUAUUUUUUAAGUUCAAUCAUGUCUGUGGUCCAGAGGAAGUUAUUUAAUAUGCAUCUUUAAGAAUAUUAUAUAAAAAAAAAAUCUCAAGCAAAGGGGCUCUUCCUGUGCACUGUGGCUUGCGGCUGUCAUGGCGGCUGCUCCCGACCGACCGUCAACUCCACCGUGGGUGAUCACCGAAUCUUUUGAAUGAACUGUCAAAGUUAAUGCUCCUCACCCCACCUCCCCCAACGUUGGAAAAAUUUGAAAGUCACUUGUUUCAUGGCUCAAAGAGUAAAAAAAAAA